UUUCUUGAAGCUAGCUAGACCAAACUUCACUAGCUUAAAAUGAUGAUUCACUUGUUUUUCUUUUCUUAUUCUAUACACAAAAUUCUCAUCGUCAUCAUCUAAAAAAAAAUAAAAAAAUUAAAAAACCAUAAUUCAGUUGCCACACUAUCUCCAUUUUUUCAUGCUAUCCUUUUCUAGAGCUUUCUAAUUUCCGUAAUAUCUGAAUUCUCGAUCCAAACAUACUCAUAUAUUUAGUAUUUUUAUCUUUUUGGGGUGGAUAAAUAUACUAGUACUUCCAAAAUAUGUCAAGAAUAGUUGCGCAAAAUGUAUCACCAGUAAGAGAUUGCGUACCUCUUUAUGAUCGAACACAAACGGUAGAAAUGUCGUCGCCGACGUUCGCUCAGCUUUUGAAAGACGUCGGAGAUGUCUCUGGCGAUGAAGCUCCGGUGGUUCUGACAAUUGAACCACCGCCACCUCCGCCGCCGCCGCCGUCACCACCACCGGAGAAAUCAAUUCCGUUUGUAUUAUCCUUCAGUAACUUAACAUACAGCGUAAAACUCCGCCGGAAAGUUGGUUUUACGGCGAGAUCGGAGGAAAUGCCGGUGAUAAGGAAGAAGGUGUUACUGAAUGAUACCUCCGGCGAGGCGCGUGACGGAGAAUUACUCGCGGUUUUAGGUGCAUCUGGUUCGGGAAAAUCAACGUUGAUCGAUGCAUUGGCUAAUAGGAUAGCGAAGGGAAGCUUAAAAGGGACGAUAAAGCUGAACGGUGAGCCACUGAACUCGAGGCUACUGAAAGCGAUUUCUGCAUACGUAAUGCAGGAUGAUUUGUUAUAUCCAAUGCUUACAGUUGAAGAAACGUUGAUGUUUGCUGCUGAAUUUCGUCUUCCACGUAGCCUAUCAAAAUCGAAGAAGAAAGGUAGGGUUCAAGCUCUGAUAGAUCAGUUAGGACUGCGUAGUGCAGCGACAACUGUCAUCGGAGAUGAAGGUCACCGCGGAGUUUCUGGUGGUGAAAGACGGAGAGUCUCAAUAGGAAUCGAUAUAAUUCAUGAUCCGAUUAUACUGUUUCUGGAUGAGCCAACUUCAGGCCUUGAUUCGACUAGCGCUUUCAUGGUGGUAAAAGUUCUACAGAGGAUCGCGCAGAGCGGGAGUAUUGUGAUCAUGUCGAUACAUCAACCAAGUUAUCGGAUUCUGGGUUUGCUUGAUCAGUUGAUUUUUCUAUCGCAUGGUCAAACUGUUUACAGUGGCUCACCGUUGAAUUUGCCUCAGUUUUUCGAGGAUUUUGGUCAUCCAAUUCCGGAAAAUGAGAAUAGAACUGAGUUCGCGCUUGAUUUAAUACGCGAACUGGAAGGUUCACCUGGUGGAACGGAGAGUUUAGUUGAAUUCAAUAGAACGUGGAAGAGAAAUUUCAAUAAGAGGUCUGAAACAAUGUCUGUCACUUAUGAAUUGUCGUUAAAGGAAGCAAUAGGUGCAAGUAUUUCGAGAGGGAAACUUGUUCCUGGUGCAACAAUGAGUGAUACCGCUAUGGUUUCUACUUAUGCAAAUCGUAUAUGGACAGAAAUAGCAGUGCUGGCGAAGCGGUCUUUCACAAACUCAUGGCGUAUGCCGGAGAUUUUUGCUGUCCGUUUUGGGGCAGUCAUGGUCACAGGGUUCAUCCUCGCGACCAUGUUCUGGCGGCUUGAUGAUUCACCUAAAGGUGUAAGGGAACGCGUGGGAUUUUUCGCUUUUGCCAUGUCAACAACUUACUACACUUGCGCGGACGCUUUGCCGGUUUUUGUUCAUGAGAGGUAUAUUUUCAUGAGGGAAACCGCUUAUAAUGCUUAUCGGAGAUUGUCUUAUUGUCUCUCUCACGCUUUAGUAUCUAUACCAGCUUUGAUAUUCCUCGCUAUAUCAUUUGCAGCCCUGACUUUCUGGGCUGUUGGUCUAGAAGGUGGAGCUUCCGGGUUUCUGUUCUACUUUUGUGUUGUCUUGGCAUCAUUCUGGGCGGGGAACUCAUUCGUGACAUUCCUCUCUGGAGUAGUCCCCCAUGUCAUGAUUGGCUAUGUAAUAGUCGUUGCAUUACUGGCAUACUUCCUCCUCUUCAGUGGAUUCUUCCUCAAUCGCGAUAGAAUCCCAUCUUACUGGAUAUGGUUUCAUUAUUUAUCGCUCGUGAAGUACCCCUAUGAGGCAGUGUUGCAGAACGAGUUCAAUGAUCCCACUAGAUGCUUCGUUCGUGGGGUUCAAAUGUUCGAUAAUAGUCCACUUGGAGAUGUUCCGAAUUUGCUGAAGCAGAAAUUGUUGGAAAAUAUUAGCAAGACGUUGAACGUAAGGAUAACAAGUUCUACAUGUGUGAUAACAGGUGCAGAUAUAUUGGUGCAACAAGGGGUAACCCAAUUGAACAAAUGGAAUUGCUUGUGGGUAACAAUUGCAUGGGGAUUUUUCUUUAGGAUUUUGUUUUAUUUUUGUUUGUUAUUUGGAAGUAAGAAUAAGAGAAGGUAAAAAUUACAAUAACCUAGAGAUGAUUAUCAUAAUAAUGUACUCAAAAAGAUUCUUUUCACUACUUUUUUUUUGUUGGUAUCUCAAUACAAGUGUUUUUAAUGUUGUUAUUAAUAGAAUCUGCAUGACUAUAGUUUCAUUGCUUUUA